GGAGAAAGAAGAGGUGGGAGGAGAGACCAGGAAGAAGCUAGAAGGGAGGUGAGGAGGGAGGAGCGCAGGGAAGGGAGAACCCGGCCCCUGGAGGCUCUAGAGACAGAUUGAGUGUGGAUUUUCUGGUGAGAUAACGCGCCCCAGGGAGAAGGGAGAGAGAGAGGGAGAGAGGGAGAAAAGGAGAGAGAGAGAGAGAGAGAGAGAGAGAGAGAGAGAGAGAGAGAGAGAGAGAGAGGAGGCGGCUGCAGCGUGGACCUAGCGCACCAGCCUUGCUUCCUUCAUCCUUCAUCCCCUUCCUCAUCCCGCCCUUCCCGGCGGCAGAGCAGCCCAGCCUCCUGCAGGCAUCCCGAGAGCUUGUGGUCGCUCCUCGGUAGAGGCAGCAUGAACAGCAACGAGGCCAAGGAUUAUCUGGCCCGGAGGGAGAUCCCCCAGCUUUUUGAGAGUCUGUUAAAUGGAUUGAUGUGUUACAAGCCUGAUGACCCAGUAGAAUAUCUUGAGAGCUGCUUACAAAAAGUCAAGGAACUGGGAGGACCAGAGAAGGUUAAAUGGGACACUUUUGUGGGUCAAGAGAAAAGGACAUUGCCUCCCCUCAAUGGCGGACAGUCCCGAAGGUCAUUUCUAAGAAACGUGAUGCCUGAAAAUUCCAAUUUUCCUUACCGGCGGUACGAUCGGCUCCCUCCAAUCCAUCAAUUUUCCAUAGAAAGUGACACUGACCUUUCUGAAACAGCUGAGCUCAUUGAGGAGUAUGAGGUUUUUGAUCCAACCAGACCUCGACCAAAGAUCAUCCUGGUCAUAGGUGGCCCAGGAAGUGGGAAGGGAACACAGAGCUUGAAAAUAGCUGAGCGCUUUGGGUUUGAAUACAUUUCAGUGGGAGAAUUGUUAAGGAAAAGGAUCCACAACACAAGCAGCAACCGGAAAUGGAGCCUCAUUGCUAAAAUCAUCACGACUGGAGAGCUGGCCCCACAGGAAACCACAAUCACGGAGAUAAAGCAGAAACUGAUGCAAAUGCCUGAAGAAGAGGGGAUCGUGAUCGAUGGGUUUCCCCGGGAUGUGGCCCAGGCGAUAUCAUUCGAGGACCAAAUCUGCAGCCCAGACUUGGUCGUGUUCCUGGCUUGCGCGAGCCAGCGGCUCAAGGAGAGGCUACUGAAGAGGGCGGAGCAGCAAGGCCGGCCUGACGACAACGUGAAGGCUACCCAGAGGAGGCUCACCAACUUCAAGCAGAACGCCUCGCCCUUGAUCAAAUACUUCCAGGAGAAGGGGCUCAUCAUGACGUUCGAUGCUGACCGAGAUGAAGAUGAAGUGUUCUAUGACAUCAGCGUGGCUGUUGGCAAUAAGCUGUUCCCCCCAACAGAGGCGGCAGCAGGGCCAAGCGAAUUUGACCUGUGUGUGGAUGCUGGAGACGGGAUGGAUGCAGGGUCUGACCUGGAGGACCGGGGAGAUGAUGAGACAAAUGUUUUUGGGGAGGACACCAUGGAAGAUUUUGCAGAAGACUUGAAGAAGUUCAAGAUCAUUUUUGUGAUCGGUGGUCCCGGCUCCGGCAAAGGAACCCAGUGUGAGAAGUUAGUCCAGAAAUACGGCCUCACGCACAUCUGCACCCCCGAGCUCCUGAGGGGCGAGCUGGCUGCGGCCACAGGGAAGGGCCUGCUGAUGAGAGAGCACCUGGAGCGGGGAGAGCCGGCGCCCCCGGGAAUCGUUCUGGGGCUUCUGAAGGAAGCUGUGGCUGCCCACCUGGGAGGAGACACGAGGGGGUUCCUGAUCGAGGGCUACCCCCAGGAGGUGAAGCAGGGCCAAGAGUUUGAGCGAAGGAUCGGAGAGCCCCACCUCGUGAUCUGCAUGGAGUGCUCGGCCGACACCAUGACCAGCCGGCUGCUCCAGAGGAACCAAGAUGACCGCCCAGAGGCCAUCCCCAAACGCAUCCAGGCCUACUACCAGGCCUCAGUGGCCGUGACUGCUCACUACGAGAAGAAGGCUCGGUUAUACAAGAUCAAUGCGGAGGGCAGCGCUGAGGAAGUCUUUCUUCACAUCUGUGCAGCUGUUGACUCCAUCUUCUGAAGGACAGGGGGAUGGACAGGAGGAUUCCAGGCUCUGUGUCCUGCCCAGAUCACGGUCUAUGUACAAAGCUCAGCCUCCAUGCCCCACAAGCGUCCUGGCCGCAGGGCUGUCCGAAGCCUGGAGGGUGGCUGAGGUCAGCGUCUGGUGUUUGGUGUCAUCCAGCCCCCUCCUCUUCUGUCCUCACUGACCACCCCCACACCUGCACAUCUGUCCUUUCUCCACUGUUCCAGGGCACAGAGGUCAGCGAGCGCCACCUGGGCAAGCCCCCCCCCACAGGGCCCUCAGCCAGGCAGCACAGGUGGGCAGGGGCACACACCUGGCACCCUACGGGAACUGUGGCUUAAGAUGCUUCCCCUCUUCGUUGUGGUCACUGGCAUCAACACAGGCCUCACCCGCCCAGUCAUCUUUUCCUGUCAUUCCGUCCAGCAGAUGGACAAGACCUGAAAAGCUGGCCAGCCGUUGGCAGCCACAGGCAGCUGUGGCUGGUGAGAUGGAGAUGGGAGGUCUGGCCUCUGACACGCUCUAGCUGCGUACAGGCCCUCAGUGCAGAGGGUGCCAAGCUGCACUGACAGAAGGAGUUGAUGACAUCAUAGGUCCAGUCUGGUGCUGGACGCUGGCCAGUGCUCUGAGGGUCACCAAUGCUUGUGAGUGCAACGGACAAGGAUUUCCUUCCUGCAAAAUGCCGCAAAGUGGGCCCUCCGUGCCUGACUUGGAAAACCUGGCACAGAGCUUAGUAAGUGAUGCCUGAGAACCGACUCUACCGAUGGCCCAGGAAGGCAUGAACACAGAGGAGCCAAGGGACCGCCUCGUCAACGUCUCCUUUGGCCAGCCACCUCUCAACAUCUGCUUCACCAUUGUGUGCUUGUUCACCCCCAUGAGGAGGUGCUGGGGGUGGGACCCCUCGGCAGGUCUUGGCGCAGCUCUGCACAUGCCUCUGGAAGACCCCUGCUCUGCCGGCAUCCUCUGUGCUCCUGCUGGUCUGGUCUAGUGUCUGUCACAGCUCCUGCUUCUCCCCACCCGUCACUGCCAGCGUCCAGAGUCCCCACUUGCAUGAUCUCUCUUCUUGCUUCAUCUAAGAUCAUUCCUGGGGCAGAUCUGCAUUUUUAAAGUUGCUUUUCUUGUAAUGACCAUAUGACAAACCAAUAAAGUUAAACAGAAGACAAAGAGCUGUGACUU